AUGGCGUCCUGCAGCCACACCCCCGCCACCGCAGCCUGCCGCCCUCGCCCUGCUCAGCUGAACGGCCUUUUCCCGCCAUCCCCGUCUCGAGGCGUCCCGAGGUCGGCAUGGGCCACGCGGGGCCCGCGCGCAGGGCGGCUGGUGGCCGCGGGCGCCGGCAAGUCCGUGCUGGUGCCCGUCGGCAACGGGGUGGAGGAGAUGGAGGCGGUGAUAACGAUCGACGUGCUGCGGCGAGCGGGCGCGGAGGUCACCGUUGCAUCCGUUGAGGAUGAUGUCAAAGUCACCUGCUCAAGGGGUGUGCAGCUUGUUGCCGAUGCCAAUAUAGCCGAGUGUGCAACAACCGAAUACGAUCUGAUCGCUCUCCCGGGCGGAAUGCCAGGUGCUGAGCGGCUGCGCGACAGUGAGGUCCUUGCCAAACUGCUUGGUGAGCAAGCCUCACGCAAGGGAUUGUAUGCUGCCAUUUGUGCAUCGCCUGCAGUGGUAUUCCAGAGUCAAAACCUGUUGAAUGGGAGGAAGGCAACUUCACAUCCCGCAUUUGUGGACAGGCUUGCUGAUCAGAGCUCUGCUGCCAGCCGUGUUGUUGUUGAUGGCAACCUGACCACCAGCCGUGGCCCUGGAACGGCAUUCGAGUUUGCGCUCUCUCUUGUACAGCAGCUCUUUGGCGAAGAGAAGAUGAAAGAGGUGGCUGGCCCAAUGGUCAUGUACGACUACACUCACUGA